UGGCAAAACCAUGGGCGGCGCCGGGCCACUUGUGCCAUUCCAAGACUGGUUUCUGCCUUGCGCUUAAUUGGAUUCAGUUCUCGUAUCUCUUGAUUUAGUAUGUCGAUCGCUGAUUUCACUCCUGCCCAAACCCAAGACUUGGCCACGUCGUUGGCCGUCCUUUUGCUCCAUGAUUUGGAAGUCGAAGUGUCUGCCGACAACUUGAACGAAGCCUUGUCCGCCGCCGGCGUCACUGUCCCGGCGUACUUGCCCACCUUGUACGCGAACGCCGUGGAACGUGGCUUGAAGGUGUCCAAGGCCUUGGCCGGCCCUUCGGCUGGUGGUGCCGCCGCGCCGGCCCCUGCCGCCGGUGCCGCUGGCGCUGCCGCCCCCAAGAAGGAAGAAAAGAAGGAAGAAGAAGAAGAAGCCGACUUGGGCGGUGGCAUGGACAUGUUCGGCGGUGGAUCCGACUAUUAAGCAUUGGAUCUCCAUCCACAAACCGGACCAUCUGCACCCGAUGUCCAUGAGCUCUUGUUGUGCGCAAGGGAUGACGACCAGUUGGCCGGCGAUAGGUGUCAAGAGAUGCGCGCCGCGGAUGGCUAAUUACGUCGUAAUAAACCCAGCCAAGGUGUAGUAGACA